GCGUAAAUCCGACUUAAAUCCCACGAUAAAUCCGAUACCAAACAGCCCCUUAGAUUUACCGUGAGAUUUAACUUUGCUUUUUUUGACGUUUGGCAGGAUUUAGCACAAUCCUAACAUAAAUUCGGCAUACAUUCUGCAUCCAAACAGCCCCCAAAGCUGUCGACCUAGAUUCAUUUGGAAUGUCUGCUUUCAUUAACCAUCGUCUUGCCUAGCCGGCAACCAUCCCUCACCUCUCUGGCAGCUAUCUUUAACGGUGCCUGUGACCAUCCCUUGUUUCUCCUGAGCUUUCUCUCACAGUCAGCGUGGCCACAGUCUCCAAGCAGGGAGCUCCCUCAUCUCGCAGACACAUUUAUCUUCCGUCGUGAUAUUUUAAGAAACAACAAGUUUUUUUCUCAAAUAUUGAGAUGAUAUUUCCAACACAAUUAGAAUCUGGAGUGCUUUCUAGUUUGCAAUCAGUGCAACCCAUUCAGCAUGAUUUUAACACCUUUUGGCGAGCAGACCAAGUUCAUGAACAUUUAAGGAACUUGCAGGAAACUAUUCAUCUAUUAAAAUCAGUGCAGAAAGAACUAGAGGGAAUUUAUCUAAUCAAAAGAUCCAAUUAUACUGUUGAAGGUGAUGGAAUGCCUUCUAAUCACUUGCAAGGACAAAAGUUGCUUUCUCCUCCCUCUGAUUCCUUUGGGAAUGAAAUGCUUUAUAAUAUAACUGAGAUAAUCAAAGAGAAGAAAGUUUACCCGGAAGUACAAGAAUCUCUUUCUUUAGAAGCCGCGAACUCAUUAGUUGCAACUGUGAAAAGCCAACUUUCCCCAUUUAAUGCCAUCACGAGCCAGACAAGUCAAUGGGAGGAAAAAUCCUUGGCAGUGAAGUUAGUUCAAAAGCUGCAAAAGUACAAGAGGAAUAAACAUUGGAAAAAGAGAAAAAGAAAACAAGUUGCAGAGCUACUACAGAUGGAGCAUGAACGAUAUGAUAAGGCCGAUGAAGAUGCUGAUGAGUGGAGGGCAAGAGAGAUUGCCAAGGACAUUGGAAAACGCAAG